AUGGCUCAACUGGCGGAUCCAAUCGUCUUCCUUCGUCUGGCUGUUUCGCUGGGAUGGCUUCGACUUCGCUUUUGCUUCUUCUUCUUCUCGACGGGAAGAAAGACAGAUGCAAACGGUGCAAACAGCGCAAAGCUGACCACCGAUGCAAACAGGCCAAACUAUGCAAAAAUGACGUCGGAAGCAAACAUGAGGCGAGGAUGGGAUGGACGGAGUAGAAGAGACGAGAGUCGGGCAUGGUUAACAUGGAAAAGAAAUAUAGCCGUAGAUGACUGUAUCCUUGUCCUUGAGGUGCUUGAACAGGCAUAUAAAGAGUCACUGCUCUCCCGCUCGCUCAGCCAACAGUCUACUCUACUCGACACUAACAAGAUACCAGCAGCACACAUCUACUUCUACCCGCAGACCAACCAAGAUGCCUAUGUUCGUACAGCAGCACUCCUGUCAACAAUACAAGGAUACAAAGAUACAUACUAA